CCAUCGCUCUCCCUCCUAGCACCCUUUCUCUUGCUCAGCCUUAACUUCGAGUCUCCUGUGGUGGUUAGGGAGAAGUUAAGGGGGAGACCAUAUUACUUAAAUAUGGCCUCUCACUGUCGUUUCCUGUGAAGCAUCUUGGACUGAGCCCCAGGAGGCAGCUCUUCAGGGCAACAAGAUGACCACAGGAGCAGAUGUCCGGGAUAUUUUGGAACUGGGGGGCACAGAGCCCGAGAACAUAGGAACUAUUAAUAAGAAAGACAUCAUCAAUUCUGAUAAGAAAAAAUCCAAGAAGUCCUCAGAGACCCUGACAUUUAAGAGACCAGAAGGAAUGCACCGUGAGGUCUAUGCACUGCUGUACUCUGAUAAAAAGGACGCACCUCCUCUGCUGCCAAGUGACACGACACAGGGCUACCGUACAGUCAAGGCAAAGCUGGGCUCCAAGAAAGUGCGGCCUUGGAAAUGGAUGCCUUUCACCAACCCUGCUAGGAAGGAUGGGGCUAUGUUCUACCACUGGAGGAGGGCAGCAGAAGAGGGCAAGGAUUACCCCUUUGCCAGAUUCAACAAAACAGUGCAGGUUCCUAUUUACUCUGAGCAGGAGUAUCAGAUGUACCUUCAUGAUGAUGCCUGGACCAAAGCUGAAACAGACCACCUGUUUGACUUGUCACGUCGAUUUGACCUCCGUUUUGUAGUCAUUCAUGACCGCUAUGACCACCAGCAGUUCAAGAAACGGUCAGUAGAAGACCUAAAGGAGCGCUACUAUUACAUCUGUGCCAAACUGGCCAACGUUCGUGCUGUCCCAGGCACUGACUUGAAAAUCCCUGUCUUUGAUGCCGGCCAUGAAAGGCGUCGGAAGGAACAGUUGGAAAGGCUAUAUAACCGGACACCAGAACAGGUGGCAGAAGAAGAAUAUCUAAUCCAGGAGUUGCGGAAAAUUGAAGCCAGGAAGAAAGAGAGGGAGAAGCGAACACAAGACUUGCAGAAACUCAUUACGGCUGCAGAUACAACCACUGAACAAAGGCGUGCAGAGCGCAAAGCACCGAAGAAGAAGCUGCCACAGAAGAAAGAGACUGAGAAACCUGCUGUUCCCGAGACCGCUGGCAUCAAGUUUCCAGAUUUCAAGUCUGCAGGUGUCACGCUGCGGAGUCAGAGGAUGAAACUGCCGAGCUCCGUGGGACAGAAGAAGAUUAAAGCGUUGGAGCAGAUGCUGAUGGAACUCGGAGUAGACCUGAAUCCAAUGCCGACCGAGGAGAUUGUCCAGAUGUUCAACGAGCUGCGCAGUGACCUUGUGCUGCUGUAUGAGCUCAAGCAGGCCUUUGCCAACUGUGAAUAUGAGCUACAGAUGCUGCGGCACCGCUACGAGGCCCUGGCCAAAGCAGGCAGCACCGGGCCCAGCACAGAGGGCAGCUCCCACGCGGAGGGGCAGCUAGGCCUGUGCCUUGAAGAGAGCAAGGCUGACGGCAAGGAACAGAUUAUUGACGUGGUGGGGGCCCCCCUCACACCCAAUUCGAGAAAGCGCAGGGAAUCUGCUUCCAGCUCAUCAUCUGUCAAGAAGGUAAAGAAGCCUUGAGCAAUACACGGUCUCAGAUCCUGGAUUUGGACGACCCAGAGCACUGGUGGCUGAGGCAAGAGGAGUACAUUUCCCAGUAGAUGGCAGCGACCUCUAUGUUGGACGAUUCCUGCAUAGUGACAUUGCUUUCUCCUGCUCAGAACCCAGAAAUGGGUAUUGUUGCCCCAGGUAAAGGGGUUGGACUAGCUCAUAUCACAGACUGAUAGUAAUUAUUGUUGUAAUGGUUGUGCUGUCUUUUUAAUGUCUGUUUUGGUGAACUUCCCGUUAAUACAGAACCAUUACCUCUUGUUCCAGAAUCCAAAUGAACAGUUAAGCAGGGGAAGGCAGGAUGUAGAAACAGCUAUGUAGAAACAACUGUUUCUGCUUCUGUUUCUAUGUAGAAACAGCUGCUGCUGCUUUUGUCUGGUGUGCUUCCUAAGUGGGGAUGAGCGAAAGCUGGAUGAUCAGGCAGGCUUUCAGGAUCACCACCAAAGUGGGGAAGGUUGCUACAUGAAUGAAUGAUUUUGGGGGGAAACUGCUUGCAAGGAAAGUUGCACCUAGCUCAGUCUCUAUAGAACUUUGAGGGUCUCCCACUUUCUGUAGUGCCACUACUGAAGCAUUGUCUUCCAUAUUCUUGUGGCUUAGUCUAGUCACCCUUAGCCACUGGUUGAGCAUGAACUCUAGGAAGCCUCAACAAAUUUUGUUUGGCUCUAGGAGCCAGCCCAAAAAAUUUAGGUGCAAGACCGCUCUCUGCUGCAUGGGAGGCAGACACUCCUCCAACAGCGCCCUCUGCUGCCUUGCUUGGUCACUCCUCCUGGUCGUGUCCAUCUGGCUCUCGCAGGCAGUGGACCAAGGCAACCAGGAGGAGGGAGCAGCCCACCUCCACUUUGCCUUGUCCACUCCUCCUCUUGGCUGCAUUAGUCUGUUGCCUGGCUCAAUUUUUAGCACCAUGGCAAAUUGGUGCCCAAGAGUUGUUGAGCCCGGAACUUUAGUAACAACCCCAUCCCACUUAUGAGUUAAGUAUAUUUGUUUUUGGCUUUAUAGAAUAUUCUAGGGGCUGUUCACAAAGUCAAUGUUUUUCUAAUCAGGGUUGUUGUCUAAUUAAAGUAAUCUUGCUCAGUU